AGGAAAUAGUAGUUUUGAGGUCGAGGUUAAAGAAAUAAAGAUGUGCACACUCUGAGACCUGAGGAGUAGCUGAAAAAAUCAAGGUGACAACUGUUCCAGAUGGCCAGACAGCGACUGCACGCAGUUCGUGACCAUACCAAGGACGCGUUCCGAGACCUCAAGUCGCUUUUUAAGCAUUCAGCGUCCAAAAAGGAGGCAGACGACGCGGUGAUUGCGUUAAGGAACAGUCUUGACGAAUGGAGGAACGAAAGAAUCGAUAUCGCCAUAUAUGGGUACAACAAAGAUCACCUCAAGUUAUUGAUGUCACUAAUUCUCGACGCAGACGACGAAGAAAUAUUCAAGCACCUUAAAAAGAUAAAGACCAGAGGUAUGUCACCUAUCAAAAGUUUGUCCCGUCAGUCACCAGAAAAAAAGACGGUGACUGAAACAGCAGAGUCUGUGGUGCCAAAAGAAGCGGAUAAGAAUGACUUUUGUGUCUCCUCGUAUCAGUUUCCUGAAAACUCAAAAGCAACACUUUGGGACGUUUACGUGCCAGAGACUGUGACUAAAACAGAACGUGCAUUACACCUCGAAACAUUCUGCUUGUCACACCCGAUCCAAUUGGCUGUCGUCCUACUGGAUGAUAUUUCUACCACGGCUGAUGAUUGGUCUGCCUCCAUUACGGGGUCCUUAGCAGAAGACAUAAAGGUGCUUUAUGUCAAAGUCGUGGGCGAAAAUAGGAUUGAAGGAAAUGAGGUGCGACAGGAAAAUCCUGACAGUCCUCACAGCUUAGAGUCUGGUAUAGUGUGUCUGUCCGGCGAAAAGAGCUCCACUGCGGCUGACAUAGCUUCGAACGAAACAGAUGAUGCCAAGGAGCUUGAGAAAUCUUAUUCCCAGCAUGAACCUGGGGACGUCACUCCCACUGAUUGCUGUUUUGGCAAAGAAGAGCAUAUUGUUCCUGUGACAGAACUGAAUACUCGAACCGAUGACAAUUUGUUGUUACCUCAGCCAGGGGAGGGGGAUGACAUAAUUCAGUGUCACUCUAGUGACGAGGUAAGGUCUGCAAGUCACAGAGAUAUUUCUGAGGUUUUUACGGAACACCCAAAUUCACCUGUAACCGAGUCAGGCGCGGUAAAAGACCAAGACACAGCUGCUAAUCAUACUGGAACCAUAUCCUACGGGAGCCAAUCAGUCGAAGAACGAACGUCUACUAAUCUGUCUGAUGGACAUACUUGGUCAGCAUCCAGUCAGGAUCCAAAUAACGAGCAAGGUUUUUCGAGUUUAACAGACAAAGAUACAAUUGAAAUAAAACCAUCGUCAUCCUGUGAGCUGGCUUUAAGCAAACCAGUUUUAGCACCUGACAUUGAAAACAAAGGUGAACUACCACAGUCAUCAUCACACCAUGGUAAAUGUGUUGGUGAUAACAACGAAUGUCUGGUUAUUGAAAACCCAUUGUUAAUAUCAGAAGACGUUACAAAUGCUGACCCUGAAAGACCAUUGACGAUGCAGUUCUUCUCCGCUGACGAAACAAGUUCACAGUCAAAUAAUGACAUGACUAUAAUAAAUCGAGAUUCAACGUUGGACCAGAAAUCAUCUAACAAAGAACCCCUACAGGAUCUUGAAAGAACAACAAGCCUUCAAAGUGAAAAUAUAACCGAGUCUUCUCAUUCGUCCAUCAUAUCAAUAGGUGAAGAACCAAGUCACGAUUCCAAUCCAUUAGAAAAAGAAAGUGACAGAGCAACUGGCAAUGGCGAAGAUUCUGCAACCACUGAUGAGUUUGCGCAUACCAGUAAUAUCACAGAUGAUGUGAACCGUGAUGCUUGGAGUGGUGGGAACGAUGGUGAUCGUGAGACGCCAGCAAAGUGUGGGGAUGUGGAGCCGAUUAGUGACAUACGACAUGACACUGGGGCCAAACCCGUUUGCGACGAAACGAAAGAAAGCACACCACCUGAUACAGUUAGCCCUAAAAUGAUCAUCUUCGAUGUUGAUGAAGCUCUUGCCAAAGGUGGUCGAAUUGAAAAGGCGCUGAGAAUUCAACAUGUUGAUGCGUACUUUGGGGGCAUCGGGAAAAAAUUGAAGGGACAUUUUAAGGGAGGUAAAGCAAAAAUGAAGAGAGUAGCAAACAGAAUCCCCAUUGGAGGGAAAUCAACCGACAGGAAGUUUAUUGAAGAGGUCGACGAUGUUGAAAUACGUAACUUGUCAUCUGCAACGUUCUACACUAAGUCGAUUCAAGAAGCACUGUUUGGAAUAGUCACAAAAUUGGAGAAGAAGAAAUGUGAGGCAUUCGUGUACACUAUCCACGGGUCCUACUAUGAAGACAUAUUAGAAUCAAAGGCUGACUGGAUGUUAAAGAGGUCUAAAAAUAUCGCUGCGCUGUCGGCGGUGGGUGGAGCGGUGCCUGUUCCCGGCGUGUCGGCAGUAUUGGAUGUGUCCCUUUUGUUGAAAGAAAUUAUUUUCUUCAGAAAACAGUUUGGACUUGACGAGGUAGCCCUAAAGCGCUUUCGCAGAAGCUCGGGUGUAAACCCAAAAGCUCUAGAAGAAAUACUGAAAGACUGCGCAUGUCUUGCGCUGGACAAAAAGACCCUGUUAGAGCUCGGUAAACGUUUUGCUGUUCAAACAGCCGUGGAAGAGAUUUCUCGAUUAAUUCCCGUCGUUGGCAGCAUUGUAGCUGGUGGGAUUUCUUUCUACACGUCGCUUAAAAUACUCGAGUUAUUAAUUAAUGAUAUGAAGGAAGCUUCAUGUAAAAUUGGUGCAUUGCUCGAAUGUCUUACAUCUAAGAAAGAAUUUGAAAUGAAACAAGACGUGGGUGGUAAGUCCGACAUGCUUGGUUCAAAUAAGAGUUCUUAA